GCGGCCGCGCACUGACUGGCUCCGCCUCCUGGAAGUCUGCCGCUCGUCGCUUCCUCCUGCAGCCGCUCAGCGCGCUCCGUGUCGGCCUUGAAACUUCCACGCUUUCCACCCGCGGACGGGGGCACACAACUGGGAGAAAAAAAAAAAAAAAAGACAAAAAAAAAGACAAACAAAAAAAACAUUUAGCCAGUAGGUUUUUUUUAAAUUGAGUUUGGAGGGACACACUCGAUGGUGUUGAUGAGCGGACUGUGAGCGGCCGUCGCCAUGGAAGUGUGCCCCGGGAAGAGAGGCGCGGGCCGGCCAGGAGGAAGACCCGCCGCCGCCUGACCGUCUCGCCCGUGGAAGAGAGACCAUGUCCCGCAGAGCCUGACCAUCUCGCCCGUGGAAGAGAGACCAUGUCCCGCAGAGGCUGACAGGAGCCUCCAUCCCACUUCUUUUUCUUUCUUUUGCACUCUUUACUCCACUCUGACUUCAAGGUGAAAGAACCAGGAUGAACAUCUGGGAGGUUGCUGAGAUUGGACUUUGUUAAGCAGAAGCCUCUUGGUGGCCACAGCAGCGCCUGCAAGAGAGCAGCAACAUGUGGAAAGUCCACAGCUCCUGCUGGUUCCUCAUGGCGCUGGCCCAGGUCCUCACCACAGAGGGGUUCAGCCGGGCCGCUCUGCCCUUUGGUUUGGUGCGGCGAGAACUGUCCUGCGAGGGUUACCCCAUCGACCUGCGCUGCCCAGGAAGUGAUGUCAUCACCAUCGAGAGCGCCAACUACGGGCGGACGGACGACAAGAUCUGCGACGCCGACCCCUUCCAGAUGGAGAACAUCAACUGCUACCUUCCAGAGGCCUACAAGAUCACGGCCCAGAGAUGCAACAACCGGACUCAGUGUAUCGUGAUCACGGGUUCCGAUGUCUUCCCUGACCCCUGCCCUGGGACCUACAAGUACCUGGAGGUCCAGUACGAGUGCGUGCCCUACAGUCCAUGUCCAAGCAGAAUAGGACCAAGAACACCCAAUGUUUCCUAUCGCAACUGUCCUGAAGUGGAGCAAAAAGUUUUUAUAUGUCCCGGGAGUCUGAAAGCUGUCGGCGAGCCCUCCUUUCAAUUCGAAGCGGAGCAACAAGCCGGCGCCUGGUGCAAAGAUCCCCUGCAGGCGGCCGACAAGAUCUUCUUCAUGCCUUGGACUCCUUAUCGGACAGACACUCUGAUCGAGUACUCCUCCCUGGACGACUUCCAAAAUGCCCGGCAGAGCGUGACCUACAAGCUGCCCCACCGCGUGGACGGAACUGGAUUUGUGGUCUACGACGGGGCUGUGUUUUUCAACAAGGAGCGCACCCGCAACAUUGUCAAGUUCGACCUGCGAACUCGAAUCAAAAGCGGCGAGGCCAUCAUCAACAACGCCAAUUACCAUGACACGUCGCCCUACAAGUGGGGCGGAAAAACGGACAUCGACCUGGCGGUGGACGAGAACGGCCUGUGGGUGAUCUACGCCACAGAGCAGAACAACGGCAUGGUGGUCAUCAGCCAGUUGAACCCCUACACGCUCCGUUUCGAGGCCACGUGGGAGACGACCUACGACAAGCGCUCGGCCUCCAAUGCCUUUAUGGCCUGCGGAGUCCUCUACGUGGUCCGCUCCACCUACGAAGACAAUGAGAGCGAGGUCAGCAAGAGCAUGAUCGAUUACAUCUACAACACCAAACAGAACCGUGGGGAAUACGUCGACAUCCACUUUCCCAAUCAGUACCAGUACAUUGCAUCUGUGGAUUAUAAUCCGCAAGAUAAUCAGCUCUAUGUGUGGAAUAAUUUUUACAUCCUGAAAUACAACUUGGAGUUCGGGCCCCCGGAUCCAGCUCACGCUGUGCUGCUGUCUCAAGUCACCGUGUCUGCUCAGCCUGUGAGAAGCACAAGCACCGCUGCCACCACAACAACAACAACAACAACAUUGGGCAGCGUGGCCAACACAACUACCAGCACGGCGGGGCCCAAGGAGAGCGGCAGGGGCGGGGCCAGGCCGCCUCCCGCCAUGGCGCAGACCACCUCGCCGCCUGCGGAGUCCUUCCCUCUGCCCCAGCGCUUCUGUGAGGCGUGCCAGAGGAGGGACAUCAUGUGGCCCCAGACCCAGAGGGGCCUGCUGGUGGAGCGGCCCUGUCCCAAAGGCACGCGAGGCACAGCAUCUUAUUUGUGUGUCCUCUCCACCGGGACCUGGCACCCCAAGGGCCCCGAUCUCAGCAACUGUACCUCCCACUGGGUCAACCAGGUGGCCCAGAAGAUCCGCAGCGGCGAGAACGCGGCAAACUUGGCGAACGAGUUGGCGAAGCACACCAAGGGUCCGAUCUACGCCGGAGACGUCAGCUCGUCGGUGCGCCUCAUGGAGCAGCUGGUGGACAUCCUGGACGCUCAGCUGCAGGAGCUCCGCCCCAGCGAGAAGGACUCUGCUGGGCGGAGCUUCAACAAGCUUCAAAAGCGAGAGCGGACGUGCAGGGCGUACACCAAGGCCAUCGUGGACACGGUAGAUAAUCUGCUCAGACCCGAGGCGCUGAAGUCGUGGCAGGACAUGAACGUGACGGAGCAGACGCACGCCGCCACCAUGUUGCUGGACACCUUGGAGGAGGGCGCCUUCGUCCUCGCCGACAACCUGAUGGAACCCGCCAUCGUUAAAGUUCCUGCCGACAACAUUAUUCUAGACGUCUACGUGCUGAGCACCGACGGUCAAGUGCAGGACUUCAAGUUCCCACAAUCCAACAGGGCGGGAAUCUCCAUCCAACUCUCUGCCAACACUGUCAAACUCAACAGUAGAAAUGGCGUUGCCAAGUUGGUGUUUGUGCUCUACAAGAACUUGGGCCAGUUCCUCAGCACAGAAAACGCCACCUUCCAGACGGAGGGCGAGGUGUCCGCUCGUAACGUGUCGGUCAACUCGGACGUCAUCGCCGCCUCCAUCAACAAAGAAUCCAGUCGGGUUUUCAUCAACGAGCCGGUCCUUUUCACGCUGGAACACAUCGACAUGGAGCACUACUUCAACUCCAACUGCUCCUUCUGGAAUUACUCGGAGAGGAGCAUGAUGGGCCACUGGUCCACGCAGGGCUGCAGGCUCCUGGGGGCCAAUAAGACUCACACCACCUGCUCCUGCAGCCACCUCACCAACUUCGCCGUGCUCAUGGCGCACCGCAAAGUCAACGUGAACAGGUCACAUGACCUGCUGCUGGGCGUGAUCAGUCGAGUGGGCGUGGCCGUGUCCUUGCUGUGUCUCGCCAUCAGCAUCUUCACCUUCUGCUUCUUCCGAGGCCUUCAGAGCGACCGCAACACAAUCCACAAGAACCUCUGCAUCAAUCUCUUCCUGGCAGAACUCAUCUUCCUCAUCGGCGUGGACAUGACCCAGCCCAGGGUGGGCUGUGCCAUCAUCGCUGGCAUCCUCCACUUCUUCUUCCUGGCCUCCUUCACCUGGAUGUGUCUGGAAGGUGUGCAGCUCUACCUGAUGCUGGUGGAGGUGUUUGAGAGCGAGUACUCACGCAGGAAGUACUACUACGCCUCCGGGUACCUCUUCCCCGCCAUCGUGGUCGCCGUCUCCGCCGCCAUCGACUACGGCAGCUACGGCACGGACAAAGCCUGCUGGCUGAGUGUGGACAAUCACUUCAUCUGGAGCUUCAUUGGACCUGUCACCUUCAUCAUCAUGCUCAACCUGAUCUUCUUGCUCAUCACCAUGUACAAGAUGAUCAAGCACUCCAGCAGCCUCAAGCCAGACUCCAGUCGCCUGGAGAACAUCAAAUCCUGGGUGAUGGGAGCCUUCGCCCUGCUUUGUCUGCUGGGCCUGACCUGGUCCUUCGGCCUCUUCUUCAUCAACGAGGCCUCCGUGGUCAUGGCCUACCUCUUCACCAUAUCCAACGCCUUCCAGGGGAUGUUCAUCUUCCUUUUCCACUGCCUCCUCCAGAAGAAAGUGCGCAAAGAGUACAGCAAGUGUCUGCGCCGCACGUCCUGCUGCGGCAGGCUGCCCACCGAGACCUCCACCAAGACUUCCACCACCAGGACCAGCGCCCGCUACUCCUCCGCCACGCAGAGUCGCAUCAGGAGAAUGUGGAACGACACCGUAAGAAAGCAAUCCGAGUCCUCCUUUAUCUCAGGUGACAUCACCAGCACCUCCACCCUUAACCAAGGAAUGAGUGGCAACUAUCUGCUAACAAACCCUCUCCUGCGACCUCAAGGCUCUAACAACCCUUACAACACCUUGCUGGCAGAGACGGUGGUGUGCAGCAACACUCCCACUGCUGCCCUCUUUACCUCUCCAGUGACCUACAGAGAGACAAGGCACUCAGUGAACAAUGCGGUGAGGGAUACAAGUGCAAUGGACACUCUACCGCUCAAUGGUAACUUUAACAACAGCUACUCACUCCGCAGCGCGGACUUUGGCGACAGUGUGCAGGUGGUCGACUGCGGACUGAGCUUGGACGACGCGGCCUUCGAGAAAAUGAUCAUCUCUGAGCUGGUACACAACAACCUGCGUGCCUGCAACAAAAGCCACCAACAGCAACCCCCCAGUUUGCACCACCAGCACCCGCAGUACCACACUCGCCACCACAAGGCGGAGCGGGCUCCGCCCACGGUGACGGUGGUCGGCAGCAGCGAAGACGACGCCAUCGUGGCCGACGCGUCGUCUUUGGUGCAGAUGGGCGAGGCGGUGGGCCUGGAGUUGCACCACCAACAAGAGCUGGAGGCGCCGCUCAUCCCCCAGCGGACUCACUCGCUUCUGUACGCCCCCGAGAAGAAGGUGAGGACCGGCGGGGGAGUGCAGACCUUGGCGGGCCCGCUGACUCCCGACAACCGCCACCUGGAUAGUCUGCAGUCUCCGAACAGAGACUCCUCGUACACGAGUAUGCCUAACCUGAGGGACUCGCCUUCUCCCGAGAGCAGUCCGGAAGCGCCGGAGGACUUGUCUCCAUCCAAGAGGAGCGAGAACGAGGACGUUUACUACAAGAGCAUGCCUAACUUGGGCUCCGGCCACCAGCUGCAGGCCUACUACCAAAUAGGCCGAGGGACGAGCGAGGGCUACAUUAUUCCCGUCCCAGAAGGUGACGUGCGGGAAGGACACAUGCAACUCGUCACGAGCCUUUAAAUGUCUUUCGACGCGUCACUAAAAGCAUUUACAGCCGUGACCCCCGCAGGGGCGUGUCUUGUCACCGGACACGCCUCCUUCAUCCCCAACUUCCUCUUUUCAACAGUGUACAGUUUCAACUUUUAGAGACAAGCCGAUUAUGUAUUUAAAUGUGCUGCUGCUGUCAAAGAUGUACGGUACCAGGAUAGAAGCCUGUGAAAAGCAUUUAAAAAGGUUGUACAUACAUACAUACGUACAUACGUACAUACAUACAUACAUACGUACGUACAGACAGACAGACGAAUGUACAUACAUAUGUACAUACAUACAUACAUACAUUUAUACAUACAUACAUGCAUACGUACGUACAUACAUA